CAUAUUAGGGUUAACCAGAAGCAGAAGGCUCGUGUUUUUCAGGAUGUAACCCAGAAAACAAUUCAGAAGGCAAUUGUAACCUCACUUAAGGCUGCUCAGAUGAGAACCAUCCAUGGCACAGACUGAAUGCAGGGUUCAGAUAUUCAGUUCCAAAUUUUCUCUACGUGAGAAGUUUCACAAGUUUUUAGAGAGAAGGAGGUAAAGAGCCAAGCCAGCUAUCAGUGAUUUGGGUGGGGAAAAACCUCCUCCCCUUACACCCACAGCACUGAGAACUCCAGUGGUACCCAUUAUCAGGUAGAAACAAAAGCUGCAACACCUUCCUCACCUGGAGCAGGUAAGGGCUGGGGGAUUGGCAGCACCUGAGCAGAGGGGGCACUGAGAAUAUAGGGAGGUGCUGAAGGGGUGGGCAGCUUCUGCCUGCAGGCACCUGGUGGGGACAAGGAGGUGUGGCUGCCUGCAGGGAGGCAGUGGAUGUGGGAGCUCUUCAGCAGGGGCUGCAUCCCAACAGUCUUUCCUUUUGUGGAAGUUUCUGGAGGGCUCAGGCAUGGGCAGCUCUUGGAUUGUAGUAGCAUUUUGCUGCUUGGGACAGCUGUGUGCAGAUCAAAGGCUGAAGCCUCAAAUUGCAGCCCCUCAGCUUGCUACAAACAAUCCCACUCUUACUACAGUUGCUCUAGAAAAACCUUUCUGUGUGUUUGACAGCUCACUGCACCCAAAUAAGUCUUACUCCAUCUACUUGUAUGCAAUGAAGGAGUCAGCAGGUGCCAUGAGCUCCCUGGUGACUGAGGGCAGCAGCAAAGCACUGGACAGCACCUUCCAGCAGACACACGGGGGGCAGCUCGGGCCCUACAAGGCUGCUGCAUUCCAUGUGCCCAGCUGUGCAUCCCCUCCCAGGCUUGUGGACGCAGGAGAUGUCAGCAAAGUUUCUGAUGUCCUGAAACAAUACCUCUUCAGAGUUGGGGAUGAUGGGACUUGUCUGUACGACCCGAACUUCCUCGAUGUCUGUAACCCUCCUCUCGCACCAGGCACGACUUACAGGUUUAAGUAUGUCCUGGUAGAGAGCACUGAAGGGAUUGUGAAAGACCAAACCCUCUGGUCUGAUCCAAUCAAAACCAGAAGAGUUAAACUUCCCUUGCAAGUUGACACCUGGCCUGGCCGCAGGAGCGGAGCCAUGAUUGUCAUCACAUCCAUCCUGAGUGUGCUCCUCUUCCUCCUGCUUGCUGGGAUCCUGGCUGCUGUGUCCUCAGCUGUCAUGAGACCAGAAGGUCCUUCUGCAGAGACCAGGUGCACCCCUCAGACUGCUCAGCCAAGUGACCCAAGACCACAGUUGGGCUCUGAGUGACCAGCCUGAUUCCAGCCAGGAUGGGACUGCAGCUGAACUGCUCCAUGUGCUGAGACCCACAGGACUGUCUCUUCUAUUCAACAUGAGUCCAAAAAAGCUCCAGAACACAGCCAGGCAACAGGAGAUGAGCAGCACUGAUGAAUUAAGGACAGCUGUUUUGAAGUCUUGCAGUACAUCAUACCUUGUCCUAAUGAGAUUUGAUGUAGUUAAUCACCUUGCAUAGCAUAUAGCACAUAUGAACAGUGAAUAUCAAAUGCCUGGAAUGAAGAAAAAAAUCCUUGAGACCCUUCAGGUCCAGGAGUUGGUCAGAGGUUGUCUGAUAGAGACAUCUCAUCUGGAGUAAGCAUCACUGCAGCCCUCACCUGCUCCUUGCAGUCAGACAAACAGGACGGAGCUGGUUGUGUCUGUGUUCCUCCAGAGGAACUGAUGAGGAAUAUGUACUGCUUUAUUUUCCAUUGAUGCCAAAUUCAAAGCCCUUCUUUACACCUCUUGAGUAUGUAGAAGCAACUGUCCUGUGGUAGCAACAAUCUGGGAUAAGCACAAAGCUGUCACUGGUUAUUCUCUUCCUAGUUUUCAGUAAAUUUGUUAAAUGGUGUCAGAUAAUAAAUAAGGGUUCUGUUCUAACACAAGUAGUUUGCUAUCACUUUAAUUACUGGGUGGCCUUUCACUGAUGCUUAUUUCAAGGAGGGGGACUUAUUCUCUUUGGAUUAUGAAAAUUAAAAAGUCUUCUGUCAAGAGUUGUAGCUUGGUGACUGCAAGAUGGGGCAUUUUAAACUUCAGGACUGAAGGGAUUUGUACCUGAGCUCCUGGUGUUUGGGUUUUCUGACUACAGCAUGGUAAAGCUCCCCUGCCCUUUCUUUUCAGCUACAUGAGGGCUGAAGGGAGAAGGGGGAGGUGAGUGCUGUCCUUCUGACUAGAAAUGGAUGUGCAAGUACCUGGGGUGAUGGUUUUUUCUGGAGUUUCACUCUUUUUUCUAUGCAAUCCUGCUUU